AUGUCAUCUUCUCCACCAAUGCCUUCAACACCUGAUCAUAAUGACCAGGAUACAAAUGAUACACACUUGACUGCUCAUGAUACAUUUUCAACAUCUCAAACACAUGACGCCGUUCCAUCUUCACCGCUUUUUAUGCCUCCAUCGAGUGAUUCCGUCUCGGGACCUUCAUCACAAAUAAGAUCUAACGAUGACCACAACAGAAAUACUCACUUAGGAAGUGCACUCGGGGGAUUAUCUUCACCUGUUGCUGAGCCAACAAGCGAUUUACUUUCAACUAGUUCUACGGGAUUUGGAUCAUUCCAGCGUCCGCGUUUGCAUAGUAGAGGUGAUAUUCAUUCCUCUGACUUUUUAUCUUCUCCCAUGAAAAGACGAUUUUUCACAGAGAGUUCUGGCGCUGGACCCUCAUCCUCAGGAUUGGAACGUGGAUUAUCUUCUAGUUCGGCUCUACCUUCAUCUGCAUCAUCAUCAGCCUUACCGUCAUCUGAUGCUGGAAAUGCUUUGUCUUCUGCAGCAAACAUUCCUCAGUCUACGGCAACCAAUACUUCAACGUCACACGCUCCUGAUGAACCUGUCAGAGUCAUUUGGGGUACAAAUGUCUCUAUACAAGAAUGUUCAGAUAAUUUCAGAACUUUUUUGAUGUCAUUUAAGAUGAAGUAUCGUAAGAAAAUGGACGAUACGUUGGAGGAUCCAGAUGAAGAUGAAAAAUUGUACUAUAUGGAUAUGCUUAACAUGAUGAAGGAAACAAACGCCACCAACUUGAAUUUGGACUGCAGGAACUUGCUUGCUUACUCUUCAACCAAGAAGCUAUACUAUCAAUUAAUCAACUAUCCGCAAGAAGUUGUGCCAAUUAUGGACCAGACCAUCAAAGACUGUCUCGUCUCACUUGUGCUAGACAAUGCACCAAGCAAUGAAUCAAACACAGAACGGGAUUCGAUUGUGGACCAGAUUGAAUCCAACAUCUAUAAGGUGCGGCCGUAUAAUAUUGAAAACAACAAAGGUAUGCGUGAACUCAAUCCAGGUGACAUUGACAAAUUGGUGACAGUUAAGGGAAUUGUGAUCAGAUCGACCCCUAUAAUUCCAGAUAUGAAGGUUGCUUUUUUCAAAUGCAAUGUUUGUGAUCACACCGUUGUGGUGGAAAAUGAUAGGGGACUAAUUCAGGAACCUACAAAAUGUCCUCGUCCCAUCUGUGGUGUGGCAAAUUCCAUGCAAUUGAUUCACAAUAGAUCAUCAUUUGCCAAUAAGCAGGUCGUGAAGCUUCAGGAAACACCGGACUUGGUUCCAGAUGGACAGACUCCUCAUUCUGUCACAUUAUGUGUGUAUGACGAGCUUGUUGAUUCAUGCCGUGCUGGUGAUCGGGUUGAGGUAACGGGAAUCUUUAAAUCAUCACCAGUUAAAGUUAAUUCUCGUCAACGUGCGUUGAGGGCUCUAUACAAAACGUACUUGGAUGUGGUGCACAUUAAGAAGACAAACGGAAAAAGAUUGUCACCGGAUGAAAGUACGUUGGAGACUGAAUUAAAAGAGCAGCAGGAAGUUAAAGAGACCAGGCAGCUUUCCCAAAAGACAAUAGAGAAGAUCAAGAAGGUUGCUCAAAGAGAGGACAUAUAUGAAUUACUUUCCAGGUCGGUGGCUCCAUCAAUUUAUCAAAUGGGUGAUGUGAAAAAAGGAAUCCUCUUGCAAUUAUUUGGAGGUAACAACAUAGAAACCAAGAAACUUGGCCGAACAAGGGGUGAUAUUAACAUUUUACUUUGUGGUGAUCCAUCCACUUCUAAAUCGCAACUUCUGCAAUACGUGCAUAAAAUUGCUCCUCGUGGUAUAUAUACAUCCGGUAAAGGUUCAUCUGCGGUUGGUUUAACUGCAUAUAUUACACGGGACCCAGAUACACGGCAGUUAGUUCUUGAAAGUGGUGCAUUAGUUCUUUCCGAUGGUGGUAUCUGCUGUAUUGAUGAGUUCGACAAGAUGAGUGAUGCUACUCGUUCUGUUUUACACGAAGUCAUGGAACAGCAGACUAUAUCUAUUGCCAAAGCAGGCAUUAUCACUACUCUAAAUGCUAGAACGUCUAUUCUUGCAUCCGCUAAUCCAAUCGAAUCCAGGUACAAUUCUAACCUUCCGGUUACCAAAAAUAUUGACCUUCCACCUACUUUGCUUUCGAGAUUUGAUCUUGUAUAUCUUAUCUUGGAUAAGGUGGAUGAGAAAAUCGAUAGCCAAUUGGCAAAACACAUAGCUGGUAUGUAUCUUGAAGAUAAUGGAUCUAGUGCUACAAAGGAAGAAAUUUUAAGUGCCGAUUUCCUCACCUCAUAUAUCCAGUAUGCAAAGGCUCACUACAAGCCACAUCUGACAGAAGAGGCAAAGGGGGAACUAGUGCGAUCAUAUGUGGAAAUGAGAAAACUUGGGGAGGAUGUUCGUGGGUCUGAAAAGAGAAUUACUGCUACUACAAGACAGUUGGAGAGUUUGAUUCGUUUAUCAGAGGCUCAUGCAAAGAUGAGACUUUCUGAUGUGGUUCAUCUUGAAGAUGUUCAAGAAGCUGUUCGAUUGAUGAAGUCGGCAUUGAAGGAAUAUGCAACUGAUCCACUUACAGGAAGAAUUGAUAUGGAUCUUGUUCAGACAGGUCAGACUUCGGCAGAGAGAAAGCUAAAGGAGGAUUUGACAUCACAAAUAGCUAGUAUCGUGAAUAAAGAAGAAACAAUCACUUACGAUGCUUUACUUAACAGGAUCAAUGAUCAGUCUUCUACAUCAGUUGAAAAUGUGGAUUUGAACGAAGCUUUGAGGCGUUUAGAGGCAGAUAACCAAAUAGUUACUUUCGGAAGAGGUCAUAGGAGAGAAAUAAGAGCAAACAGAUCUGGACCUAUAUGA